GAAGAAAAAAAAAAGUCGAUUAAAAAUUAGCGGAAAACAUGGAUUGCGGGUAUCGUAAUUACAUGGACGAGAUGCUCCAGAUACUCAACGAAAUCGAAUGCCGACAACCAGAACCGGAAAUAUGCAACAUCAAAUGUCCACCGUUCGGCUGUCCACGAGGACCUUGUCCAGGAAUGUGUUGUUAUCAAGGGUUGUGCGAUGCUUGCUGCAUCUCGAAAAUGCCCUGUAAUCCGCCACCCCCUCAACCGCCCAAGUGUCGAGCACCGCCCGUAUGCUGUCUAAGAAAUUACGCCAAGGCGGUCGGCUUUCCUCCAGAAUCUCCCCUUUCCCCGGUCAGCGCCCGACUGCGCUCCAAGCAUUGCAUGGAAAUAUUGGCAAAUAUCUGUCGUCCCCCGUAUUGUACCACUAUGCCAAUUUGUCCCUCACCCUGUUCAACAGUCCAACCCUCCAAUCCUUAUCCGUGCUAUUGA